AUGACAGAAAAACAGUAUCACUCGAACAGCCAGCCUCUGAACCAGGCUGCCUGGGCACUCACUCCCAAAGCCAAGCCAUUCAUCGUGAAAGAAGCACCCUAUCCUUCCCCCGAGGCAAAUGAGGUAGUGGUGAAAAACUAUGCCGUCGCGAUCAACCCGUGCGACUAUAUGCUACAGGAUACCGCGUUCCUGGAUUAUAUUCCCUAUCCCAAUAUUUUCGGCGUCGAUGUCGCAGGCGAAGUGGUGGAAGUCGGGUCGAACGUCACUGAUGUGACAGUUGGUCAGCGAGUGAUUGGACAUGCCUUUGGAAUGGAUAGCACCUUCACUCGCCAUGGCGGAUUCCAGCAUUAUACGGCUUUGCUCUCAAGCUUAACCUGUCCAUUGCCCGCCGAUAUCUCGUUCGCACAAGGCUCUGUUGUUCCUUGUGCGCUUUCAACUGCCGCGGCCGGACUAUACCAGAAGGAUGAUCUUCAUCUACAACAUCCCUCUGUGAAUCCCAAGCCGACCGGUAAGACUCUUUUGGUCUGGGGCGGCGCGUCCAGCGUGGGAAGUUGUGCCAUUCAACUGGCUAAGGCGUCAGGUUAUCAGGUCUUGACAACCGCCAGUCCACAGAACCAUAAGCAAUGUCUGCGUCUUGGAGCGUCCAAGGUGUUUGACUACCGAAGCGAGUCCGCGAAAGACGACAUUGUCCGGGCUCUGAGUGGUACGGAUUUUGCGGGCGUUUUUGAUUCGAUCUCCAAGCUGUCAACCGUGCAGAUUUGUGUGGAUAUUGUUCACGCGUUGAAGCAAGACAGGAAGGUCAUCACAACAAACCCAGUCCCAGAAGAGGUGUCGCUUCAUGGCAUUGAGGCUAAAGCUGUGCUGGCAGGGACCAUUGUAGAGAAUGAAGUCUGCGAAGUUAUUUACAGGGGUUUCUUGCCUGAGGCAUUGGAGAAGAAUAUCUUCCAAGCUACACCGGAACCGUUGAUUGUUGGCCAUGGAUUGGGAUCAGUUCAGCUUGCAUUGGACCGAGUGCGACAGGGCAUGAACGCCCAAAAGGCCGUAGUGACAUUGGGAGCAUCCUCAUAA